AUGCCCACAAUGUGGUUAUCUGACUCCCAAAAAAUCGGGGUCGCCUUUUGCUCUGGCGGUGGCUUUUUCCUGAUCGGCGGAGUCGUGCUCUUCUUUGACCGGGCCAUGUUGGCAAUGGGAAAUAUUCUCUUCCUCAUCGGCUUGACAAUUAUCAUCGGCCCGGCCAAGACGCUCCUAUUCUUCGCGCGCAAGCAAAAGGCCAAGGGGACGGCGGCCUUCUUCGCCGGGCUAGCCCUGAUCCUCCUCAAAUGGCCGCUGAUCGGAUUCCUAGUCGAGCUCUACGGCAUCUUCAUCCUCUUCGGCGACUUCCUCGGCACGAUAGCCGGCUUUGCACGGAACAUACCGGUCAUAGGCCCCUACAUCGGUCUCCUGGUUGACCGGAGCGGCCUCGGGAGACGAAACGCCGAGCUGCCCGUAUGA